CGAAGUCGCUGCUACACGUUAUUAUGCCAUAGGCGUCUAAUGGAAGCGCGAUACCAGUGGCAACACCAGGCAUAUAUCGCUAGACGAACGGUGCUUUAACUUCACAUGUCAUGUACUACUAGAUGAUGUGCGCCACACUAAUUGUUGUCCGGAUAACUGCUUCAUCCGGAUACCGUGUGAGUGGUUCCCUCACUUUACUAUCGCCGAAUCCGAUGGCAGGACGCUCCUCUUCCAGCGGCGACGGCGCGCGGCGCAGCGCGGCGGUGCAGCGUCUGAUCGAUAGUGCAGACCAGUCGCUGAGUCUAUUGGCGUCUCUAGGUGACGCACCCGCACCUGGACCACCGCGUAGUACGGGCUUCGGCGCCGAAAGCGCAAUUCCCAUGAGUACAGAGACCUUCCAUUUCUCGUCAACCUCAGGAUCCUACGACGACAUGGAGGGCGAGGGAGAUGAAUCGAAGGUGUCAGCAAACGAUGACGCGCGUCUAUUAGAGCCUGUAGUCAGUACAUCAGUGCGCCACGGCCUUUUACACGUCAAGGGCGUGUUCCCAGACCAAUCUACAGAGUUCGUGGACGUGGAUCCUCAACUUACGACCGUCGGAGAUCUCAAGCGUGCACUAUGCGAGCGACGUGACACUGUACGGGAUCUAGGCUUCUCAGCGAGAGAUGCACGCGUCAUGUUCGGCGGACAGAUCGUAGAGGACGCGUGGCUUGUGGUGGACUGUGGCAUGGGCUUCGAAGGAGCCAUCCACAUCGUCAGGGCAGCUGCAAUUGGAGACAGCUUCCUUAGCAGAGGCGGUGACCUAUUCAGUGGCAAGAAAACGCAGCAAACAGACCCUAAACUGUCCAUUUCGUCCAUCUCGUCGGUGUAUGCACAGCCUCAAGGUCCGUCACUGGCGAUGGAUCAGUUGGCUACAUCCAAUGAUCACGUUAUGACCCAAUUGGCUACAUUCAAUAAGUCACUGUCGCUCAGUACAGUCCCGUCAGCUAGAGGAGACUUGUUCUCGCGUCAUGUUCGACCGGAAGAAGCUUCUUUUGCCGAGAUGGCGGCCGACUUUUACGAAAACCUGAAGGACGUGGAAGAUUCGGAUUUAUACUGCGAGAAACUGCUGAGUGGAUACAUCGGAGUGCUGCAAAACAGACUGGAGAAAAUGGAGGCUUCACUUGCAGGCACCAGCAAAGCACGGGCGCCGACGUUGGCACAAAAGCGACUUCAGAACGAUAUCAAGGAGCUGAGAGAUGAACGCAAUACAUGGAGACUGCUGUUUGAGCUGCGGCGAGUGUGCCACAUGAACAAAGACAUAGCAGACGGUGAGGACACGCUAAUGAUGCUCGGCGCUGAGACGGAGGAGCUACGGUUCGAGAUGCUGGAGGACGACGCCGUGCGGCUACUGGAAACGCGUAACGAGGCAUUCAAGAUCCAGAAAGCGGUGAAGGCGUGGCUGGAGAGUAUGGCACUGGAGAGCACGAUUAAGCUUAGUGAGAAACGUGACGCUAGUGGGUCCCGUACACUGAGAAUGAUGAAGAAACAGGUUUUUGCAGGAGACGUUCAGAUGGAUCCUGAUGCUGUUGUGCGUGACGGAGACGCUCACAUUUUGCCCGAUGACUUGGAGGAUGAAGCUGAGCUGAUGAAGGCUCUCUGGCUGUACGUGCGUGCUGGACGGAUGGACGAUGCCAUUGAUCUGUGUAUCCGCUUGGGUCAGUCGUGGAGAGCGGCGAGUCUUUCGGGAGGCAAUCCUGCUGGCGCUAGUGAGACCAAUGAGCGUCAAGAUUUGUCGUUGGAGCGAUGGGGAAAUCCGUUCCGUGCACUGUGGAAAACAAUGUGCUGGCGCUUGUCCGAGCAGAAUGCGAACGGAAAGCUCUCCAAGAGCAACAGCUUACUUGCGAAACAGUAUGAGGAGCUUAUUUACGCUGCGUUAAGUGGCAACAUUCAGGUGAUUACGAAGAGCUCACUAUGCGAGAGUUGGGAGGACCACUGCUGGGCGUAUCUCCAGGGAAUUACGGAGCAGCAACUGGAUGAAAUUUUGUACAAACUACUGAAGGUGAAGACUCAGUCGUCGCAGUUGAUCGUUGGCAACAAUGUCCACUACUUACGUCACUAUUCGAGCUUGCUUGACAAGACCAAAUACCUUAAACGUUACCAAGUGGAUCUGGACACACUGUUCGAUGAGCUACGUGGAAGCCAAAGCGAGCUGGUGCGAAUGCAAGCGAACCAACCACACCGUCAGAUUCAGUCCAAGUUGGUGACGGCCAAGUUCCAGUUCAUCGUGUCGAGUAUCUUGGACACAGUACUAUUCAACCCGGAGGAUGACUCGUACAACUGGGAUCUGCAGCUCAACUCUACGGUGCAGGCCGACGAGACUUCGUCUCUGUUCCUGCGCUUUGCAGCCCACUUUAUCAUGUUCGCUAACUUCACUGGCGAGCAUUUCGACGAACAGGCAGGCCACAUGAUCCUCAAGUUGUAUAUCCGGCAUCUAGUGAAGCAUCGGCAGUUGCAGUUCGUGCCAGUCUACGCCUCUCGACUCCCUACAAACGGUGCUAUCGAGAUCUACGUGCAGAUGCUGUCCACAGUCGAGGACAGUUUAGAACGCGAGCUGUGCAUCAAGAGGAUCCUGGAAUACGCUGGCAUGGAGGUUCUCUCAAUAGUGCUGCAGUCUGUGGUGGAACGUCUGUGCGAAGAGUAUCGGUUGGUAGCGCAGGAUCAACAGAAGGGCCAGCCUGUGUCUUCCGACAUGCCCACAACAGAGAUCGACAGGAGGCGGAUCCGGACCAUCGAGUUUCUAUGCUUCUACCCUCAACAUCGCGCAGAGGCAUUGGUCCGUGCCAAUUUACUUACGCGGCAAUUUCUUCUCGAGGGCAAGUUUGCUGCUGUAAAGGAGCUCGUUGAAGAGAGCUUACCGGAGGACUCUAUCGGUGUUAUGGACUUGAAUCGCGACUCACAGGUGCUGUGUGAGAACGACGAGAUUGAACGAGCUAUGCGCGAGUUCCUGUGCUGGCGCGCUUAUAUUCAGGCCUGUGCGCAGUACGAUCUGUGGAGAAACUGCAUCAACAGUCCUGGUGCAGAGACGCUGUCUCUAUAUAGCGAGGAGAAAGAAUACCUGGCAGAUCUCAUGUUCCAUGUGUCACGGUCGGCUGCAGCGACGCUAGAGGUGUUGCACUUUGAAAAUGGAUGGCUCUUGGGUUGCUCUAACGAUGCUGCAGAGGAUGCUGCUAUCCGGGGGCGAUGCUUGCCGGCGCUGGUGUUCAACCUGCACUUUAUCCAACUUGAAUCAGCCAAGACAAUCAUGCGCUUGAACCACUACCCAGAGGAUGCCAAGACAGAGCUGGCACGACCGCUACUUGAGAAGUCUAUCGAGGUCGCUGACGUUGUGGCCGACGAACACUACGCUGUCUAUCAAGCACUAGACCAGGAUCAGUGCCGGGACCUGCUUCAUGGCUUCCGUGAGAGUGCUGUGUCGCUGGCGUUCGUUGAAAGUAUGCAGCUUUCUCCAGAGUCAGAUCAAGAUUAACCUGUGACAAUUAGAGAGUUAAAGGCAUCUGCGGACGCAAUAGCACGAUUCUAACGCAUGUCUCUUUUUGUUUGAACCACUUACUGACGCAGCACUGGAGCAGCAGUCUUGGAAAACGCUCCACCGGAGUUGAUGGCGCCAACAAGGUACUCUUCAUACAGUGUGCUUUUGCUGUCCACAUAGGCUUCCAGCAUCGUGUGAGGGACUCGCCAUGCUCGUGGGUAUGGCAUUCCGUGCUGGUUCCAUGUCCACGCGUGCUUGUCCAGGUUGUCUCCGUUGUUUUUCUUGACUAAUAGCACAGAUUCAACGCCAAAUUCAGGUGUAGCAGCCUCCAGUCUAACGUCGUACGCGCCGUCGUCAACUAGGACACGAGCAUCCGGUGUGAACAGCGUCGCGCUGUUGAUACUGACGCCAAUUACUCCUGUAAGAUCAGUCAGGAUGCUGUCAGUGUAAGUUCCUUGUACUCGAAUGACGCUGGUGUCUGCUGGUGGCAUGAAGAAGCGUAGAUUGGAUUCACGGUAGGCUCCAAACCACGACGAACAGCGCAGAGUUG